AUGUCUCUCAAGAACAUUGUGCGGGAGCUGAAGGAGAUGAGGGACGGUAUCGGGAGCAUGUCGAGACGAGGCGGCAGCGGCUCCGACGGCCGCGCCGGCCACGGCCGCUCGGGGUCGCGGCAUUCUUGGCCUAGCCUGUGGGCGGAGCAGCAGCAGCCGCAGCGGCAGGGCCAGGGCCUGGGCCAGGAGGGGCCCCAGCAUCAGCAUCAGCAUCAGGGGCGGUGGGCGAACCUGCCUCCGGAACUGCUGCUGGAUGUGAUACAAAGGGUGGAAUCCAGCGAGGCGACGUGGCCGGCGCGGCGCCAGGUCGUGGCGUGUGCGGCCGUUUGCCGGUCGUGGCGUGAGGUCACCAAGGAGGUGGUGAAGACGCUCGAGGAGUGCGGCAGGAUCACCUUCCCCAUAUCCCUUAAGCAGCCGGGGCCUCGUGAACUGCCGGUCCAGUGUUUUGUGAGGAGGGAGAGGGCGACAUCCACAUAUCUACUCUAUCUAGGGCUCAGCCCAUCUAUGAAUGUGGAAAACGACAAGCUAUUGCUUGCAGCUCGUAAGGUCAGGCGUGCCACGAGGACUUCUUUUGUGAUCUCACUGGUCUCUGAUGAUUUCUCUCACUCUAGUAGCACCUACGUUGGCAAACUGAAGCCAAACUUCCUCGGCACAAAGUUCACUAUCUUUGACAGCCAGCCUCCUCCUGAUGCUGUAGUUCUACCAAACAAUAAACCAAGCAAAAGGCAGUCCAAACAAGUAUCACCGAGACUGCCAUUAGGCAAUUACAAUGUUGCUACAGUCACGUAUGAGCUCACCGUCCUACGCAACAGGGGACCAAGGAGAAUGCAAUGCACCAUGCACUCGAUACCAGCUGAGUGUAUUCAGGAGGGUGGGAAGGCCCCUACACCAACCGGCACCAUCCAGUCGCUUGAUGAGUUGGUGUCCACUUCACCUAGUACCAAAGGGAAGGAAGUGGCUGUAGAAUUUUCUUCGACGAGCCUCAGUGCUGAUCUGUCUGGACCGGCCUGCGCAAAUGAAACACCUCUAGUGCUGAAGAACAAAGCCCCGCGUUGGCAUGAGCAGCUGCAGUGUUGGUGCCUCAACUUCCGGGGGCGCGUCACCGUCGCAUCAGUGAAGAACUUCCAGCUCGUCGCCUCCAUUGAUCCUUCCCUAAACAUCCCUGCAGCGGAGCAGGAGAAGGUGAUCCUCCAGUUCGGGAAGAUAGGGAAGGAUAUAUUCACCAUGGACUACCGGUACCCACUCUCGGCGUUCCAGGCCUUCGCAAUCUGCCUGACCAGCUUCGACACCAAACCAGCCUGUGAAUAA